CCUGGGGACACCUUUCUGUUUUCGUGAGCUGCCCUUCAACACCAGAGGUUUUUGAGGUUGGUGACUGUGACUGCCCUUCCUGGUACUUGAGGGACAGCAUUGCCCAGGAUGCAGGUUCUUGUCAGUCCUUAGGCUUCACAUAUGUGACAUCAAUCCUGAAGCACCUGUUGGAGCAAGUGUACAGCGUAUUCCUCACUCUUAGCUGAUGAAGAAUGGGGGAGAUAGAAGGAACAUACCGAGCCCUGCAGACCCCAGGGGCACGCCUUGGCACCCAGCCCCCGGCAGGAGUGAGCACCCUGGAGCCUGGGCAGGCUCCCUCAGCAGGGAUGACGCGGAUGGCAGCUAGAAUGCAGGAGAAGCGCUUUCCUCUCAGAGUAAAGCUGCUGGACAACUCUGUGGAAAUGUUUGACAUUGAGCCUAAAUGUGACGGCCAGGUUUUAUUGACCCAAGUGUGGAGGCGUUUGAAUCUGAUAGAAUGUGACUACUUCGGGUUGGAGUUUCAAAACGUCCCAUCCUACUGGAUUUGGCUUGAACCUAUGAAACCCAUCAGUAGGCAAGUACGAAGGCCAAAGAACGCAAUGCUUCGCCUAGCAGUAAAAUUUUUUCCACCCGAUCCGGGUCAGUUGCAGGAGGAAUACACACGAUACUUGUUUGCCUUGCAACUUAAGAGAGACCUGUUGGAAGAGCGUCUGACCUGCACAGACACCACAGCGGCCCUCCUCACAUCCCACCUUCUGCAGUCGGAAAUAGGAGAUUAUGAUGAAACCCUGGAUCGGGAGCACCUCAAAGUCAACAAGUACCUGCCCCAUCAGGAGUGUUGUCUAGAGAAGAUCCUAGAAUUCCAUCGGAAGCACAUGGGCCAGACGCCAGCCGAGUCAGAUUUCCAGGUGCUCGAGGUCGCCCGGAAGUUGGAAAUGUAUGGCAUCAGGUUUCACAAGGCUUCCGACAGGGAGGGAGCCAAGAUUAACCUGGCUGUGUCCCACAUGGGGGUCCUCGUGUUCCAGUCCACCACCAAAAUCAACACCUUCAACUGGUCCCGGGUCCGGAAACUCAGCUUCAAGAGGAAAAGAUUCCUUAUCAAACUCCACCCAGAGGUCCAUGGACCUUACCAGGACACACUGGAGUUCUUGUUGGGUAGCAGAGAUGAAUGUAAGAACUUCUGGAAGAUCUGUGUGGAGUAUCACACCUUCUUUAGACUCUUUGAUCAACCGAAGCCAAAGGCUAAGGCUGUCCUCUUCAGCAGGGGCUCCUCCUUCAGAUACAGUGGAAGAACUCAGAAACAACUAGUAGAUUAUGUCAAAGACGGUGUGAUGACAAGAACGUCCUAUGAAAGAAGACACAGCAGGACGCGGACGUCAGGCCGCGCUCUAACUACAGAAUUGCCAAAGCAGAGCAUCUCCUUCACUGAGGGCAUGAGGACUUCUGCGUCCCCAUCAUCAACACAUGCCUCCUUCUAUUCAGUCCCUACCUCCCCAGUUGCCCCUCCUGGCCGGCCCAAUAUCAAGGACAGCAUCAUCUCCCUGACAGAGCCCCAGGCUCCCCACACCAAGAGGCCGGCUGCAGAGAGGAGCUGCGAAGCCAUGGAAGGACCCGACAUGAGACAGGCCCAGCCCCCAGGGCCCCCUGCGCUCCAGCCUGUUCAAGGCCUUCCCAUGGACAGUCCUCAGCCUUCUCCCUCCACCCGGAAGAGCCCACUGAGCCUGAGCCCUGUAUUUCAGGUGACGCUGGGCCCAGCUGAGCGGGGCUCGUCCCCACUCCUGAGCCCUGUCCUUAGCGACGCUGGCGGAACCAGGAUGGACGAUGAGGAGGAGCCGAAACACAAGAAAUUGGUGAGGACCAACAAUAUUCGAAAGGGCACGGGCGCCGACGAGGCCUACUUCAUAGCGAAGGAGAUUCUCGCCACAGAACGCACAUACCUGAAGGAUUUAGAAGUUAUCACUGUGUGGUUCCGAAGCGCCGUGGUCAAGGAGGACGCCAUGCCUGCGGACCUGAUGACGCUGCUCUUCUCCAACAUCGACCCCAUCUACGAGUUCCACAGGGGCUUCCUGUGUGAGGUGGAGCAGAGGCUGGCACUCUGGGAAGGACCUUCCGGUGCCCAGGCCCCAGGCAGCCACCAGCGGAUCGGGGACGUCCUGCUCAGGAACAUGCGCCAGUUAAAGCAGUUCACCGGCUACUUCCAAAGGCACGACGAGGUCCUGACGGAACUGGAAAAGGCCACCAAACGCUUCAAGAAGCUAGAGACCGUGUACAAAGAGUUCGAGCUCCAGAAAGUCUGCUACUUGCCUCUCAACACGUUCUUGCUGAAGCCCAUCCAGCGACUGGUGCACUAUCGCCUGCUGCUGCGGCGGCUGUGCGGGCACUACGCGCCCGGGCACCACGACUACACCGACUGCUGUGACGCCCUCCAGGUCAUCACGGAAGUGACCUCCAUACUACAACACAGCCUCGUCCGACUGGAGAACCUCCAGAAGCUGACAGAGCUGCAGCGGGACUUGGUUGGCAUAGAGAACCUCAUCGCUCCAGGCAGGGAGUUCAUCCGUGAGGGCUGCCUGCACAAGCUCACCAGGAAGGGCCUGCAGCAGAGAAUGUUCUUUCUGUUCUCAGAUAUGUUGCUGUACACAAGCAGAGGUGUCUCGGGAACCAGCCACUUCCGGAUCCGGGGCCUCCUCCCGCUUCGUGGCAUGCUGCUAAUAGUACUGGACCCACCGGUAGAAGAAAGCAAGAGUGAGUGGUCUGUUCCACACUGUUUUACUAUUUAUGCAGCUCAAAAAACAAUCAUGGUGGCAGCCAGCACUGAGCUGGAAAAGGAGAAGUGGAUGCAUGACCUGAACAAUGCCAUUGAAGCGGCAAAGAGCGGUGGCAACAUGACCCUGGCUCUGCCAGGCAGCGCGGUGUGCGUUCCUCCCCGCAGACCCUCCGAUGAAGUCUCCCUGGAGCAGGAGUCAGAAGAUGAUGCACAUGGUCCCCACAGCUCCUCGGAGGGGCAGGGCCAGCACCGGGCCAACACCACGGUGCACGUGUGCUGGUACCGGAACACCAGUGUCUCCAGAGCUGACCACAGUGCAGCCGUUGAGAACCAGCUUUCAGGGUAUCUGCUAAGAAAGUUCAAAAACAGUAAUGGCUGGCAGAAGCUCUGGGUGGUCUUCACCAAUUUCUGCUUGUUCUUCUACAAAACACAUCAGGAUGACUAUCCCCUGGCUAGCCUCCCGCUGCUGGGCUACAGUGUGAGCAUCCCCAGGGAGGCUGACGGCAUCCACAAGGAGCAUGUCUUCAAGCUGCAGUUCAAAUCUCAUGUUUACUUCUUCCGGGCCGAGAGCAAGUACACAUUUGGGAGGUGGAUGGAGGUGAUUGAGAGAGCCAGCAGCUCGCCCGGGAAGGCUGGGGGCCCCGAGGAGGCAUGAAGCCCAUUCUGCCUGGAUGAGGACAGCGCCCAGGAAGCAAAGCACAGUCAGCACAGGCCCCACGACUGCUCAUCCCGAGUCUUCCCAACCAUGGAUCAGCUGUAUGGGUGGGCCUCACUGUGACAUCUGGGAAGGACACUGUCCUCCUGAAGACCCAGUGCAGUCCCCUGGCCCUGUGGGGCCCUGGCAAGAACACCAAAGUGAAAAUGCAGGCCCAGCUCCAGGGUGGCCACCAAGCUGGUGCUCGCCUGCCCUCUCCUCUUCUAGAACAGGGCCCUGCUGAGAAAGGGCUUUGAGCAGGAACUAGGGUGGCCCCGAAUCACUCACUGCUGUACACAGGCCUGGCUGCCCUGUCCUUCAGUCUGGGUCAACCAGGGGUGUGGCACAGGCCUCAGGUCACAGCUGCACAAAAGUCCAGCAUAAGCCACUCUGGUGCCCACCCACAUACCUCUGGAGAAGUGGAAACCAAAGUUCCUUAUGGCCCUGGGAGGGCAAGGGCCUCUAAUUUAUUAGUACCCAGUAUUUCUUAACGAGUGGAAGUAGACAUGCACCUGCUUAUGUGUGUGUGGCUGAAAAUAAAGGGCAUCUUUCUGCA